UGGUUUCCUUGGCCUGACAGAACAGCUUGCACCCUUGAUAUCUUGAUGCAUCUUCCUCGUUCAGUAUUCUCUGUGAGGCAACUGGACUUAUUCUUGUGGCUCUUAAGAGUCAAUGGAGUACAAGAUGCUACAUCUGUCAAAACCAUGAAAGACUUGGAUGCAAAGCUGCAGACUCUAUAUGGAAUCCAAACAUUCAAAUAUAAAGGAGCUUUUGGCCACUUGUACUAUGUGAAUAGCCUUGCUGAUAUUAUAUCCCAAGAAAUUUGUAACCCUCAAGUCCGAGACAAGCUCUCAUUUUAUCCUGAAGAUUGUGCAGCCAAGAAUGUAUCUGAAGCUCGGCAGUUCUCUCGGUGGCUUAAUGAAAUCCCAGAUGAUGAGAUUGGUCCUAUGGCACGUAUUGGAGAACAAGAUUACUACAUAUUCGAGCCUACUAUGCUACGCAGUGAGCAGGUUUGCAUUCCUCACCGCUGGUUUAUGCGCCAAGGGCGCUUCUAUGCACGGUGUUGGAAGCUUGAAGAGGUUCUUCGAGAGGAUGGCACUGAGUCUUGGCAGGUUAUAAAGGGUGAAGGGGAAUUUAUUGUCAGCGAAGACGAGCUUCUACUUUCUUUUCCACAACUUCAAGAUAAAACUUUGUACGGGCACCUCACAGAUGUCACAAAAAUUGAAAGUACCCCUCCAACAUUAUCUCCAUGGACUUUUACUGAUCCAGCCAUUGGGAAUAAGUGGCGUCAAAAAGCUGAUGGGGUGCAGUGCCUAGCAUUUCCAAUCUGGCUCUACUGCGAUGACACCUCUGGGAAUACAUCCAAGCGUUGGAAUGAACACAACAGCUUCCUUUUUACUGCAGCUGGACUUGACCGCACUGAAUCUUCAAAGGAAUAUAACGUACACUUUCUUGCAACAUCAAAUACUGCACCUCCUCUUGAAAUGUUGGAUGGUAUUGCAGACCAAUUGCAGGACUGUCAGGAAAAUGGUAUUUGGGCUUGGGACCCAAAAACCCAUUCACGUGUUCUCCUCAUUGUCUGUGUUUUGGCACUUCUUGGAGACAACCCCAUGCAGAGUGAAUUUGCAUGCCACAUUGGUCUUCGAGGGAAGUUUUUCUGCCGCACUUGUUGGGUAAAAGGAAAGGAUGCAAAAGAUGGACAGACUACAGGCUCAGUGGGAUCAGCUGCUAGUGCUGGAGGUAAACAGGGGAAGAAAAAGACAAGAGCAAAGUUCAAAGAAAGUCUCCAAUCUAUGAUUCAUCGGGUCAAAGGAUUUGUGAAGCCUGGCAAGCCUCGUACAAAGGCUGAGACAAUGGCUACCAUCAAGAGCCAGUUCAUAACAGCUGAGACCAACGGAGCAUCAAAAGCCAAGGAAGCACGCACAGAAAGUGGAAUCAAAGAUACAUACCAAGUGUUUUUUAUUGAUAAAUUCAUGAACCGUCGUCGAAAGGGUGUCCAAGAAGCACAAGCCCCUGAUAUAUCUCAAGAUACAAUGAGCCCUGUUUGGCGUAUUAAAGGAUUGGACCCCCAUGCAGACACACCAGUUGAAAUUCUGCAUGUAGUCCUUUUGGGAUUUGUCAAAUAUCUUUGGCGUGAUGUCAUUGAAAACCAAUUGAAAAAGAAUGAAAAGCUGAAAAAAGAGCUAGCCACUCGACUCUCCUCUCUGGAUGUCCAAGGCCUUGGUCUUGAUUCUAGCCUUCAGGGUGAAGUUUUGGUUAAUCACUACGGUUCUCUGACAGGUUCAGAUUUUCGAAAGAUAAGCCAAGCUGCUCCAUUUGUCCUGAAGGGAUUUGUUGUAGAUGACUGCUACCAGACAUGGGUUGCAUUGUCUAAACUUGUUCCUCUAAUCUGGCAGCCAAAAAUCGUCAAUUUGAACUCAUAUAUUGAAUUGUUGCAACAAGAAAUCGAGCAAUUUCUGCUAUAUGCUGCUAAAUGGAGCAUUCGUUGGUUCAAUAAGCCAAAGUUCCAUAUCUUGGUUCACCUUCCAGAGCAUAUUCGUCGAUUUGGGCCUGCUAUGCUUUUUGCAACUGAGGUUUUCGAAUCUUACAAUGCUGUUAUUCGGGCCAAGAGCAUACAUUCCAAUCGGCUUGCCCCAUCUCGUGAUAUUGCAUGGGCAUUUGCAAGACAAAAUCGCAUUCGACAUAUGCUCAGCGGAGGAGUGUUCUUAGACCGAGGAAAAAUCCAGCUUAACAAGGAAGCAGACGAUCAGUUUGGAAACACCAACUGUCCUCAGAAGGAUCGUGUAACUCAGGUGCAACAAUAUUUCCGUAGCAAUGCAUUUACAUCAGGGCACUGGGUGACCGUAGGUCAGACAGAUAAGGGUGCUGUUGAUCAGCAAUGGCAGAAUACUCAGACUGGACGCCUGGUUCCUGAGACGCCUUUAUAUACCGAGUUUGAAAAGAGCACAAAAAACUUUCACCGCACUCAGCAGCUUAUUGUGGCAAAUGGCGACAAAUGUAAACCUCUAGGAUUUGCAGCAUGCUCUUCGCCCCUACUAUAUGCUUUUGCUACCGACGGCAUCUCAAUUGUCAAGGUCAUUGAGCCCCUGCAGUGCAAACGCACUGCUUUCCCCACCAAUGCUGUCGACUCUGUACUUGUUGAAGCCAUGGUGGUUGGAAACAUUGCAUCAAGUCAUGGAAUGCCCCGACUGACACCUUCAGGCCGGUACUUUUCAAUUCUUCCAACGAAACAGUCCCUCCGAUGCACUGUAAAUGUGCAACAUGAUUGUGAUCGACAUUACUGCACUGUUGAAGCAAAGCAGCCGGCUGCACAGGAGCGCGAGCAGACAUCCAAGCUCAAGGAUGAAGUGGUACAUAAAGGAGACCUGGAUGACAAAGUUUUGAACACAGCACAAAUGCGGGACGCAGAUUUCUUGCAGCGCUUCCGCAUUCAAAUUCCGCGAUUAUCUGUGGAUGUCAUUCUUGAGGAAAGCUCUGCUCGAGAG